AUGAGACUUCCUCUAGUUCCAUCGUGCCUAGCACUCCUCUCCCUAGUCACGUCUGCCGUCGCAGGCCUUUCCUCCCAGGAAUUGCAAGCUCUCGUCAGAAACGGUGGUAAGAACAAAGCCAUCAAGCUCAACGACGACAAUUUCCAGGACAUCUUAUCGGGCCCCAGAGAAGACCACAUUGUGGUUUUGUUAACUUCCGACUCACCCAAGAUCAAUUGUGUGUUGUGUAAGGAGUUUGCGCCCGAAUUCGAGCUUGUUGCCAACAGUUGGUAUGAGGAUCAUCCCCACGGAUUGACCCAGAAGGAGUUGGAAGACACCGACAGAGACAUUCCCGCCAGAAACGUGGUGUUUUUCAAGUCAGAGUUCUCGGAGUCCAGAAACUUCUUCCAGAUCUUCCAAUUGAACCAGAUCCCCAAGGUAUUCUACUUUCCUCCCAGCAAUGCCACGGGUCCAAACAGCUUUGUCAACGAGGUUUCCGAGUACCAGUUCUACCAGGGUGACCACAAGCACUUGGUCAUUGACUGGUUGAAGUCAUUCACGGGCCACGACUACCAGAUCCACAUUCCUCCUGACUAUACCAAGAUCGCAACCUUUGCGUUCUUUACCUUCACCUUCGUGUUGUUGAUCAGAAAGUAUUACAAGCAGGUUGGCCAGGUGUUUGCCAGCAGAUUAUUGUGGAGUGGUUUGACCAUCAUUGCUGUGUUGUUGUUGACAAGUGGCUACAUGUUCAACCAGAUCAGAGGCACUCCAUAUCUCAGAGAACAAGGUGGUAAGGUUGAGUACUUUGCAACCUCCCAGCAGAGCCAAUACGGGGUCGAGACCCAGAUCUUAUCCUUCGUCUACGGUCUCUUGAGUUUGUUGGUGGUGAUUUUGUUGAAGACCCUCCCCACCAUCAAGAGUGACUCCAUCAACUUUGUGGCUGUGGUUGUGAUCAGUGCCGGAAUAUUCGUCACCUACAGUGCCUUGCUCUCCAUUUUCGGCUUGAAGGGUUCUGGAUAUCCAUACAGGUUUAUCAAUAUUUUUUAA